AUGAUUCUUGUUUACUUCGUAUUAAUUAUUUCGAUAUCAGCCUAUGACUAUCAUAAUAAUACAUCACGAAUUUAUAUUCAUGAAGAACUUCCACCAAGUACAUUAGUAUCUUCUUCGAUUUCAUCAUCAGAUGAUCUUAAAUGGUUACCAUCAUCGUCUAUAUUUCAAAAAUAUUUUUAUUUAAAUCAAAAUCAAUCGUUAUUUACGACAAAUGAAAUCAUUAAUCGAGAAGAAUUUUGUGAAAAACAAAUUUGCCAAUGUUCAGAAUGUUUAAUAAAGUUGAAUUUUUUACAAACUUUUUCGCCUCAUAAUGUUUCUGUAAAAACUAUUCAAAUUAUUAUUAAAGAUAUCAAUGAUCAUUCACCAACAUUUAAAAAAACAUUUAUUCAAUUUCCUAUAGCAGAAAAUAUUCCAAUUGAUUAUGAGAUUCCACUUGAACCAGCUAUUGAUAAUGAUUAUGGUCUAUUAUCAAUACAAAACUAUGAAUUACAACCCAAGAAUAAUAAUCCUUUUAUUCUAAUAAAACGAUCGAAACCAGUUCUUAAGCUCAAUGGAACUUUAGAUCGUGAAAUAAAAUCACAUUAUCUAUUAAAAUUAAUUGCAUACGACGGAGGACAACCAUCACUAUCCGGAGAACAAAAUAUUGAAAUUAUUGUUUCAGAUGUGAAUGAUAAUGUACCGAUAUUUGAUCAAAUAAUUUAUCGAAAAUCACUUCCAGAAAAUCAACAAGUUGAAUCAAGGAUUUUCAAAAUUUACGCAAGUGAUCUCGACGAAGGUGAAAAUGCUCGUAUCAGUUAUUCAAUUGAUGAUCAAUCAGCCAUAUGUCAUAUUGAUGAACGAACAGGAGAGAUUUAUUUAAAAAAAUCGUUAGAUUAUGAAAAACAACGUUCAUAUUCAAUAACAAUUAAAGCUCAUGAUCAUGGGAUACCACAACUCAACAAUUAUGUAACGUUCAUUAUUGAUGUAACAGAUGUCAAUGAUCAUGUGCCAAAUGUUUUAUUGACAGAAGUUAAUGGAACAUUAAUGGAUCAUCAUCAAAUCAAUCUACCGGAAUGUAAAUCAAAAGAUGUACCAAUAUUAUACAUCCAUGUCACGGAUAAAGAUUCCGGUGAUAAUAGUCGUGUUCAUUGUACAUUAAAUGAUACUCGUUUAAGUUUAAUUGUUUUAACAACAAAUGCAUAUUCAUUACAAAUCAGCGGUUCUCCUUUAUUUGAUUACGAACUGGAACAAUCAGUAGCAGUUCAUUUACAAUGUACUGAUUUUGGCUUACCACCAUUCUCAACUUCGAUUCUAUUUAAUAUAGAAAUCGAUGAUUGCAAUGAUAAUCCACCUGAGAUUAUUUUUCCAUUAAGAUCCAAUAAAUCUUUAUUAAUACAUUAUGAAACAACUGACACUCCGUUUAUUAUAACUCAAUUUAUUAUUCGAGAUCGUGAUCGAUUUCAAUCAAAUCUAUUCAGAUAUUCAUUUAAUGUUUUACCAUCGCUUAAUUUAACUUUAACACAUAAUGGCACACUGAUUCUUUGUUCAAUGCCACUUAUAACAGGAUUGUUCACCAUUAAUGUAACAGUUUAUGAUAAUGGAAAUCUAACAAAUACAAUAACAAUACCAAUUAAUAUACAAUCGAUCGAUGAUACAAUAGAAAUGGAAAAUUUCAGUAUGAAAAAUACAAGUCUAAUAUUACUAUUAAUAUUUUUUAUUAUUGUAUUCCUUGCUGCUAUUUUAAUAUCUCUAUGUUUUUUAAUUGCUUGCUUAUUACGAACGAAAAAUUCAAAAUUAGAAAGAAAUUCAAUACGAAAUUCUUCCAGUGAAAGUACUAACAGUUCAAAUGAACGAGCUGGCUCAUCGCAAAAAACAACGAUUGAAGUGUUCGAAGAAGCAACAAAUUCAUCCAAUCGUAUCUAUCAAUAUGGAAUUAAACGAGCAUCAGAUAUGAAAGUAAUCAAUACUAGCGGUAAUCAUCAAACAGAUUUUGGUUAUUCAGAAAAGGUUGAAAGAUAUUUAACACAAUUAAAUAGUCGAGAAACUGUUACCGAUCGAGAUGAAGGUGUAUAUGGUUCAUCUGACGUUUCAUCUGAUCAUGUACAGCAAGUAACAAUACGACCACUAUCUAUUAGCUCAGUACAUUCACCACAACAAGUUUAUCAAGAUAGUUUAAAACGUUUCGAACAAUUAUAUGCACUUGUUGAACAUCGUAGAAAAGCAAAUCUUAAUACUUCAUCAUCGUCAUCCGAUAGCCUUUAUGUAUAA